CGCUUUUGGUUUUCGGUGAUUGACACGGUUCGAAUAGUACAGUACAGGCGAAGUUACGCAAGAAGUGAAACAUUGCUAGACAAUCAUCUCCCGGUUGAUAAUCAGAUAUUCGGAGAAUCAAAUCUCAGGACAGUAGCCAUCAUCCCUGCGUCAGAGAAUGUCUCAGUAUCAAACUUCCCAUUUGAACUUCGCUUAGCUCUUCAUGCUAUCGGUCCCACCCUAUUGCUGACCAGUUCGUUGGUCCGAAGCAGGCUUGGUAGCUCAGCCAUGGAUAUAUAUUGAACUACUUGGCACCUUUUUCAUGGCGAGUGUUUUCUUCAAGGAAGAAACGUUUUCUAUUUCAUUCGGAAAUAAAAGCUUAUCGACGGCACCAGCGGGCCGUGUAGAAUUACAAUAUCUUGGUGGAAAUUAAUUCUAAAGUAGAGGAGAAUGGGGUCGGCUUUAAUUGAGGAACCAAAUUUUAGCUGCACAAGUAUUCUUGAUCAAAAAUUUUCAUGUUAUCGUUUACAGAAACGGUAAUUUUCCCAGAGGAAUUUUUUUCAGUGUGUGUUACAAAAGAAACUAAUCUAGCUAGCGGCAAUUGGCCUAAUUAAUGUUAUUUGGAGUCUGUAGAAUUUGGAAUACAGUAAAAUUGUUAAGAAUAGAAUUUCCUUUCUUCUUAACUGACCCUCUUCUGUUUUGUGUUCCUAAAAUGAAUGAGUACCGUUUGUCCAGCUGGCUUGGACAACAGGAGGAUCUUCAUCGUAUCGUGUUCUAUCAAGCUGACACGUUAAUGUCUGCCUAGACCAAACGCUGUAUAAGACAGGCGGAUUCCAUUGUCAUUGUUGGCGUAGCAGACGGAAGCCCAGCAGUUGGUCAGCUUGAAAAACAGCUGGAGAAUAUUGGUGUACGAUCCCAAAAGGAGCUUAUUCUGUUGCAUCGUGAGGAUGGCGCUAAAGGUUUCCGUAUUUCACACACCGUGGAUUGGUUGAACGCGCGCGGCUGGAUCUGCGCUCAUCAUCAUGUAAGACCACGUAUACCUAUAGGCAUGGUAGGUGGCACCAGUAUGGGAUCCUUUGUUGGUGCAACGUACGCCGACACUGCUGAUGUGAAUAGAAUGUGUCAAAAGGUCCGCGAGUGGUCAAUGGACAUGACGUCCCUAUUCAAGAAGAUCCUGGAUCUAACGUAUCCAUUCACCUCCAUGUUUUCUGGAAGUGGAUUCAACGCGAGCAUAAGAAGUAGUUUUGGAGAACGCCAAAUAGAGGAUCUCUUAUUGCCUUACUUUUGCAUCACAACUGACAUAACGUCUUCUAGAAUGAGGGUACAUACCGAUGGCUGUUUAUGGCGUUAUGUCCGUGCUAGUAUGUCUCUGUCGGGUUAUCUACCACCACUUUGUGAUCCCAAAGACGGACAUCUGUUAUUGGACGGUGGAUAUGUCAAUAAUUUACCUGCGGAUGUAAUGAAGACAAUGGGUGCACAGACGAUCAUAGCGAUUGAUGUAGGAUCGGAAGAUCCCGAUGAUCUUACGAAUUAUGGCGAUCAAUUGUCGGGCUGGUGGCUUCUUUGGAACAAAUGGAAUCCUUUUGCUGAAACCGUCAAGAUUCCAGACAUGGCCGAAAUCCAAUCCCGUCUGGCCUAUAUAUCUUGUGUUAGACAAUUAGCGGAAGUAAAGGAGAGCAGCUACUGCGAAUACAUAAGACCGCCAAUCGACAGGUUUAAGACUUUGGAGUUCGGCCGCUUCGAUGAGAUAGUGGUGAGUUAA